CAUUCCUGGUGUGAGGAUCAUUCGGUGGUUGGAAACGCAAUCAUGAAGACAGCUUUGUUGUUCCUGGUGCUUCUUCUGUUGGGCCUCUGGUUCAGCUUUGCUCGGAGCAACAACGUCGAGAAACCGGUGAACAUCAGUUUGUCACAGGACCGACGUCACCGACAUGACCAAGAUUGCCCACAUUGCCCACACUAUCAUCCAUUAAAUUGUAAGCCAACUACCGACUGCCUUGCUAACGGUGGCUAUUGCAUCAGAAACAACCAUAAAGAGGAUUGCGACGGCCUCCUGUUUUCAAGAGAAUGCCGAUCGCCCCUCUGUUCCUGCUGUGUAGAAGCUACACUGAACCGGGAUGAGUGCCAAGAGAUGCCCGGUGUCUGUUCCAACGGAACCUCAGUGUGUCAAGAUAAAGACGUAGGCUAUGAGUGCGUUUGCAAUGCAGGCUUCGAGACAACAGUUUGUGGAGGUGAGGGAUCUAUCUACUUCAAGAUUUGUACAAUCUCAAAUUGA